CUGUCACCGCGGACCGGAAGUUACCACCACCUCUCACCCCUGGAAAAAGUUUCCUGUGAGCCCGCGGGCGAGCGCGACUACGACUCCCAGUAUGCUCCGCGGCCGCCGCAGUUAACCCAUCAGGGCCCGGAGCUAAGUCCUGUCCCCCACACCCCUGUUCCUCGGACCUGGCAAGCGCUUCCAGCAAGAUCUGUGACUCAAAGCAGAACUAAGGUUUUCACUGUGCUCCUGAUGAGGGUGUGGAGUGUGAACGCCUAUGAACCCCGAAGGAGAUGCUCGUUGUCUCCAGAGUGCCCUCCUUUCCUCUGUAGAUGGGUGCCCCCAUCGGCACACUGUCCUUUGGCCACCUGACAUCAUGCCUCCCAAGAAGGAUGUUCCUGUGAAGAAACCAGCAGGGCCUUCCAUCUCUAAGCCUGCUGCCAAGUCUACAACAGGGACCCCUCCAGCCAAGACCAAGGCUGAGCCAGCCGUCCCCCAGAUCCCCUCGAAAACCCAGGAGCCUCCCACUGAUCUCUCCAAAGUGGUGAUCGAGUUUAACAAGGACCAGCUGGAGGAGUUCAGAGAGGCCUUUGAGCUGUUUGACAAAGUGGGUGACGGCAAGAUCCUGUACAGCCAGUGUGGGGACCUGAUGAGAGCCCUGGGCCAGAACCCCACCAACGCUGAGGUGCUCAAGGUCCUGGGAAACCCCAAGACUGAUGAGCUGAAGUCCCGACGUGUGGACUUUGAGACCUUCUUGCCUAUGCUACAGGCAGUGGCCAAGAACAGGGACCAAGGCACUUAUGAAGACUACCUAGAGGGCCUUCGUGUGUUUGACAAAGAGGGCAAUGGCAAAGUCAUGGGGGCAGAGCUCAGACAUGUUCUUACCACUCUCGGAGAGAAGAUGACUGAGGAAGAGGUAGACACUGUUCUGGCAGGCCACGAGGACAGCAAUGGCUGCAUCAACUAUGAGGCCUUCCUCAAGCACAUCCUAAGCCUCUAAGCGCCACAGGUGUCGUCCAGAGAGGCGAGGCUCCUUGAUCAACCAGGGAGAAGCAAGCGCAGGCAGUCCGUCCGCCCGCGAGGCGCCAGGGCUGGACGGCUUUCCUUUCCGCACACUGACCACGCGGGCUUGGAAACCUAAGUGGCCCCACCUCCCGCGGGGAUAGGAGCGCGUUCCUGCCACCAGGCGGCACUUAAGGUUUUGAAAUAAAAAUAUGGUUCCUGG